AUGGUGAAGCUCGUCAUCGACACGGACGGCGUGUCGGACGAUAUUCGCGCGAUAAGCAUGGCCCUCAGCCAUCCGGACACUGAGGUGCUUGCCUUCACCGCCGUGCAAGGAUGCGUACCCGUCGAACAAGCCGCCCUCAACGUCAUUCGGGCACAACGGGCAUGCGGUGUCGAGAAGUUGAUCCCCGUCUACCAAGGCGCGAAGGAGCCGCUCAUCGAACGCGACGUUGAAGCGGACGAGACAUUUUUCUUUGGGCGCGACGGCCUUGGCGAUACUGGGUUCACGCACGAUCCAAAGAUUCGCGAUGACGACGCCAAGCUGCUUGAAAAGGAGCAUGCCGCGCUCGGGCUGAUCAAGGUGUUUCGUGAACACGAUGACGCGGUUCUCGUGGCGAUUGGUCCAUUGACCAACGUCGCGCUGGCCAUCAAGAUGGACCCGGAUUUCAAGCGUCGCCCGAAGCGACUGGUGAUCAUGGGUGGAAACUAUUUAGGUAUCGGAAAUGUUCACUCUAAAAGCUCAGCCGAAUGGAACUUCCACGGCGACCCCGAAGCUGCACACAUUGUGCUGUCGGAAAUGGAGACCCCUAUCACUCUUGUGCCCUGGGAGUGCUUCUACGUGGAAGGGCCGAAACUCGAGAAGCUCGUCGACUUCUCCGCCCAUCUCAAGUACGAUACGCCACUCGGGCGUUUCCUCACCGCGACCACCGAGCGAGGCCGUAUUGCUAUGGAGCGAAACGGACGCCAAUACACAUUCUGUGACGAGAUCGCUGUCGGGGCGGCCAUCGACGAGGAGAAGGUAAUCAAGAAGCGGAAGAAGCUGAGGGGAUCAGUCGAACUGUCGGGACGAUACUCGAGGGGACAAAUCGUCCUCGAUUGGACCGGCGAGUUGUGGGAUACCGAUCGCGAGAAGCAGACGAGCCACGCGAAACUCGACCUCUCGCGCCGCCCGAUGACCUUCGUAACUGAGUACGACGUGCACACCAUUGACGCAUGGCUGCACGCUGCGUGCAAAAACUCGACAAAACUUGCCGAAUUC